CCAAGUCUGAAAAAUCGCACCUAGCUCUAUAAGUCUCAAAAAAACAGAAAACUGUUUUGAGCCACCUUAAUAUUUCUGUAAUUUCACCCCCCUGGAAUUCCGUGACCCUACAAACGCAGGUGUUUCAAACACGUCAAUGAAGUGGUUGUGUAACUAAUACAUGGAGAAGGGACUUUUCCCUUUCAACGCUUUCGAAACCUUUAUAUAUUUGCUGGGCUUUUUUACAGUGCAAAUACAUACAAAAUAUCAAUUACGAAUAUUUCCUAUUCUCCACGUCAGUACGUUUUCACCACAGUGGUAUAUUCCGUCAAUCAGGUUUUCUUACAACGAAAUUCAUCGCCACUUUCUGGUGAAUACUUAACAUAAAAUAUACGCAUGACGUAAUUUGAUUCAUUAUAAAUUCAGGGACUUUCCCUCUCACCAAAGUCUAUCAUGACUGGUUAUCUUGAUGAUUCUUUGUUUCAAACAAUCAAAUCAUUGAUCCAAAAUAGCAUAUACCCUCGGAUGUGACAGACAGUAAUCAAUACCAACUUCAGAAGUGUAUUCACGGCGACUUUCUUGGCGUCGCUCUCGUUCAUGCUCUUAGUUAACUAGAAAUUGCUCUCGCCAACUUGCUUCCUUGCAGUACCUACGGAAAGCGCUUAUUUUAAUUGAUGGAGAACGUAAAUGUGAAAUCCUAGGGACUUGCAUGUUAAUGCGAGUCGAUCUCGAAUGGAAAACUACAUCGAUCGUAACUCAUACCAUGAAUCAAACAACAAAAUUGCUUGAAGGAUCUUAGAAAUCUGACAAGAGGAAGCCGUUGUCACUAGAAGGAAGUAUAGACAUUUCAUUUUACAUUCUGGACAGGAGAAACAGAUUCAGAAAGUGACGUGACACAAAAAGAACUGUCCGAAUAUGACAAGCAAACACGAACACCCCAAAACUCCACACUCAGCAACUGUGACAGAUUCAGCUCUUAAAGAGACUGGCGCAACAGGUAAUCAAUCUGCUGUUUUUGACCAGAUAUUAUUCAGUAUUCCUGACAAUGAGCUCAACUCAACAUUUGCACAAGCAAGCAUCGACACGAAUACUAAAACAAUGACCUUGAGCCUUGCCAACUGGAACCAUUCUGACAGUCACGUAUUUCCAAAAAGUCAAGAAGAAGCCGAUCUGAGGCGAGCAGAUUGCCACGUUGAACAAAUACGACCAAUGAAAGCAGAAGAGAACAUUACAGUGCAGUGUUUCAGUAGACCAGGUGUGUCUAUGGAGGAACCUCAGCAGGAAGCAAACACCGCAUCCGGUGAAAUAUUACUGGAUGUUGAGCCAUCACUACCUGUCGUAAGAAAGCAAGGUUUCCUUAACGGACCACAAAGUGAGGAAAUCUUUAAAUAUCUUGAACUUUUAAGGGACAAUGGAAAGUUUGAGGACCAUGAACGUAAGGUUAAUUUCUUUCUUCGACGAUACGUUGAAAAAGGCAACAAAGACAUGGAAUUAGCCUUAAUAAUUGAAAAAAGUGUAUCAUUUAUGUACAACAAACAACUCAGCAAAAGCAAACGCUGCUUCACUUCAGUGAUAGAACGCGCCGAGCACUGCCAGCUACGAAAUCCGAAAAUUUUAAUUGCAAGGGCCUAUUUUUUACUUGGACGCAACUGUAGUUGUAGGAAGCCCAGAGACAUUUCAUCCUUUUUGGAACAUUUAAAACAAAGCGAGGAUUUAUUACAAAAUCACGAGUCGCCCGAGGACUUGGCCGAAUUGUACCACUUUUUAGGCACUGCCUGGUUGGCUGACAUGAGCAAAGUCGCAGAUGACAACAGGAAAGCAAAGGCGCGAAAGGAACUGAAAGAAAGAGCGAAAUAUUACUAUGAACGGGCGAUUGACAUCUGCAAGAAAGACCCCCGCUCAAGGAUCCAAAACAAAAGGCUGACAUAUUGCCACCUUAGUCUUGCGGCCAUCUUACUUGAUUGUUCCUCACCUAUCGCUAGAGCUGGAAUAAAAGUAAUCCCACAAGAUCUCAAGGUCGCGAAAAGACACCUUGACAUUGUACAGUACGAACUUGGUGACAUUCCUCGAAGUACUUGGGUGCAGAUUCUAAAAAGGCGUUCGGACUAUUACUAUCGUCAAGGACCUCAAAUGUAUCAACUGGCAAAAGAAACUGCACAGGAAGCAUUUGACAUGGCACACAGCCAUGGAUUUAACACCGAAUUGAAGUCGCUUCAAGAGCGAAUCGAUUCUCUCGAUCAGUUGUGCGAAAAAACAUUCUGCAGAGAAAAAAUUAAGUUGCUUGUUGAUGGGGAUAGUUCAACUUCUGGCAGUGACUCCAGAUUUGAAACAAGCUGCAGUGAAUCUGACGAGAAAGAGGACUCACUGUAGCUCUUGGUCGAAACCAGCCAUCAAAAUCAAUCCCACUGAGGUUCCGAAAAUAUGAUCGUCCUACAAACCUGAUGUAUACGGAAGCCCCAAAGGGACAUCUACUUAUGAAAAAUGGGAGUUCGUUUUUCGAGAUUAAGAAUUUGCUUUUUCGAAAGUGAGAGUUUGUUUUUCGAAAAUGCGAGUUUGUUUUACGAAAAUGUGAGUUUGUUUUAGGAAAAUGGGAAUUUGUUUUUUUAAAAAUGGGAGUUUGUUUUUCGGAAAUGAGAGUUUGUUUUACAAAAAUGAGAGUUAGUUUUUUUUAAAAAUGGGAGUUUGUUUUGCGAAAAUGGGGGUUUGUUUUGCGAAAAUGGGAGUUUGUUUUUCGAAAAUGGGAGUUUGUUUUUCGAAAAUACG